AUGACAUAAACAACUACUUACUUCUUUGACAUCUUUGAAAGUUGUGAUUUCGCUAGUCAAAAUAUUAACAAUAACAGGAUUGCUCAUCAUGCAAAUAGUAUGACAGCCAUAAAAUAAUAUUUCUGUACAGCAUAGGAUAUAAAUUUAGUCAAUUUUAAACACCAACUCUGUUUAAAAUAGAACGAUAACAAAACCAAGAAACAGAAUGGAAAGGUAACAACUGUUUACCAUCAUGAUGCUUAUAACCUGCGCGGUUUUUAAAACGUGAGUUAGGUCGAUUUUGUGCUUUGUUUAUCUAAUUGUUUUACAAUGUCAAAACGAAAAUACUCGGAAUUGGAAGAUACUGCUGGGCCUAAAAUUCCCAUUCAAAAUAAACCAAUCAAUAAAAAUUCUCUCGAUUCGGACGAAGAAGAUGAAGAUGAUGAAUCUGAUAGAUAUGCACUAAAAGAUGAAGAUAUUGAAGGACAAGAGGAAGGAAAUGUGGGUUUGGAGGAAGGAGUUCAGUUUACACCUUUCAACAUGAAUGAAGAAUUGGAAGAAGGACAUUUUGACGCUAACGGAAUGUAUCAUUGGAAAAAAGAGAAACUGAUUCGUGAUAAUUGGUUGGAAAAUAUUGAUUGGAUCAAGGUAAAGCAGUCCGAAGCCCCAGUUGAAAAAACUACAGAAGACCUUGAAGAAAUGCCUGAAGCAGUUGAUGUGAUGCAGCUUUAUAAAAAAAUACUUAAUUAUUUACAACCCAAAGAAUCUAUAACACAUGCUUUAAAAAGAUUGGGAGGGAAUAAAAGUUUAUCAGCUUCAGAGAGGUUAAAAUUAAAGAAGGCUGGAAAACUUCCCACAGAAAAUAUGGGACAUCCGGAAAAGGUCACUGAACUAACUGAAUUGGCCAAUAAAAUUCUUACUGAAAUAGGCAACAUGGAUAUUUAUCAGGAAACUUAUGAAUUCAUCUCAGAAAAAGUUGCUGCUUCAACGUCCAAGGCUGAGGAACCUGUCCUUGAUAUGUACGCUGAUGAUUUUGAAGAUAAAGAGAAAGAAAGGCUCUCUGAAGUUCCUUCUGAAAACAAGCCUAACUCAACACCGUCAGAAAAUAAUGUCCUUAUGUGGGAAUAUAAAGAAAAAGAAGGUAGCAAAGAACUCAAAGGUCCCUACUCAACAGAACAGAUGGCCAAAUGGUCCGAAAGUGGAAAAUUUAAAAGUGGAGUCUUAGUGCGGAAAUGUGGUAGUGAACAGUUCUACACAUCAAAUCGGAUAGACUUUGAACUCUAUUUAUAAGCACUAUUUUAAACUAUCACUUUUUUUUUUUUUUUUGUCAUUAUUGUACAUAAAAAUGAUUUUUAUUCUUAUCUGGGUUUUGUAUAUUUUAGUAUUUACCUACUGACUCUGUAUAGUGAAAAUAAAAAUAGAGAUGUAAAUAAUGUUUUUAGUGGAGUAAAAUAUAUUAUUUGUAUUUAUCUAAUU